AUGAUAAAUCAUUUAGCGUCAACAUGUGAGUAUCUCCAUCAUUUAAAAGAUGGCUAAUGCUUUCAUGAUGAUCUAUUCCCUUUAACUCUUUACAAUAGUCUAGGAUAUUUAUUAAUAAUCCUAAUAUUGGGUUUGUCAACAGUUGGUGGAUUAGGAGGAGGAAUUGAAAAAAUACCAAUUUUAAUUGUAAUGUUAAAUUUUUCUCAAUCUAAAGCAACACUUUAUGUGUACGUAUUAACUUUUGGAACUAAUUUAGUUAAUUUUCUUAUGCUCAUUUACUAAAAGCAUCCAUUAGCGGAUAAAUAAAUAAUUGAUUAUGAGCUUUCACUAAUAUUAUUACCAACUGCUUUAUUUGGAAGUGCUUUUGGGAAUAUAUUACAUUAGAUUUUACCAGACAUCUUUCUGAUAUCUAUUCUCAUAGUUUUUUUCUCAAUUUUUGUUCCUAAAUUGUAUAAUAAGGCUAAAUAAAAUAGAGAGUAAGAAAUGCUAGGUGAUAAUAAAUAAAAGAUGAUUAUUAAUUAAGAAAUAACCAAUUUAAUUGCAGAAUAAUAUAAAUGCGAAGAUUAAUAAAUAAUUCCUUUAUAUAAGUUUUUGCUGUUAUUAAUUAUAUUUAUGAUAGUUUAAUGUGUUUUAAUGAUUAGAGGAGGAAAGAAAUAACAAUCAUUUAUUGGAAUAUAAUAUUGUUCUGAUGGUAAAUUUAUAAAUAAUAACUAGUUAGUAUAUUGGAUUACAACGGGAAUGAUUAUUGUAGUAUUAUUAUUAAUUUCUUAUGGAAUCAAAUAUCAUUUAGGUAGAGAAACAAAAACAAAAAUAGAAAUUGGAUACUUCAAUGAAAAAGUUGAUUUUAACUUUAUUGAAUCAAGAUUUUUCAUGAUUGUUUGGAUCUCUGGAUUUUUAGGAGGAAUUAUGGGAGGAAUGACUGGAGUAGGAGCUGGAGCUAUUAUUGUUUCAAUACUUAUACUAUAGAAUGUCAAUUCUAGAGUAGCAUCUGCAACUGGAGGAUUUCAAAAGUUAUUUAUUUCUCUAUUUACAACAAUACUCUCCUAUUAAUAAGGAGAUUUGGAUAAAAAUGAAAUAUUAUUUUUUUUUAUCCUUGGAUUGUUUAGUGGUUUGCUUAUUGCUGGUCCUAUGUAUUAUUAUUUAGAACUAAACCCAAAAUAAAAUUAUUUAGUAAUCUAUUUGGUGUGUAUAUUCUUGAUUAUAAGUGCUAUUUCAGGUGCUAUAUAUUUAUUUAAAGAAAUUGUUAUCAUGGAUAGAUGGAAUAAAAUGAUUUAAACUCAUACAUUUUGUUGA